AGCCUGGCAGGCAGUGAGCAUCCUCACAAAGCUGCCUUUUAACCCUUCCCAGCUCACAACUCCUGAACAAUCCCAGAUAGGAAAAAAAAAAGUGUAGUGUGUAUGGGAAGCCAGUGUUUAUAUCACACUGCAGGUUUCUCUCACAACACACAUGGCUUUCCCUAGUUUCAGUGCCAGCUGCAGUGACAGCAACACUGUCACCUGCAGAAGCAGCAGCAACCAACAAGGAACGUAUCAGGAAAACUUGUCCCCUACAGGCCACCUGCUGGUAGCUGCGUCCCUUGGCAUUAUUGGAAGUUUGGGCUUUUUAAAUAACUUGCUGGUACUUGUCCUCUUCUGCCACUACAAGGUCCUGCGCUCACCCAUUAAUAUGCUAUUGAUGAACAUCUCCCUGAGUGACCUAAUGGUCUGCAUCCUGGGCACUCCAUUCAGUUUUGCUGCAAGCACACAGGGACACUGGCUCAUAGGGGAUGCUGGCUGCAUCUGGUAUGGAUUUGUCAAUGCACUUUUUGGAACUGUAUCUCUGGUAUCUCUGGCUGUAUUGUCAUAUGAACGUUACUGUACCAUGCUGGGGAGCACAGAAGCAGAUGUGACAAACUUUAAGAAGGCUUGGCUGGGGAUCCUGGUCUCCUGGGUUUACUCACUAUGCUGGACUGUUCCGCCACUUUUUGGGUGGAGCAGCUAUGGCCCGGAAGGCCCGGGUACCACAUGUUCAGUGAACUGGCACUCUCGUGAUGCCAUAAACACAUCUUACAUUGUGUGCCUUUUCAUUUUCUGCUUGGCCCUGCCUUUCCUUGUGAUUGUGUACUGCUACGGAAAACUACUAAUUGCCAUUAAACAGUUAAUCUAA